CCAAUAUCCAUGGUGAUAUGAUAUUUGGUGCGAGUCAAAAAAACCCUCUCUCCGGGUUGGCCACUUUGGUCUUUUAAAAAAAGGUUUUCACUCAGUGACACUCACUAUCAACCUCUCAAAUUUUUUCUUUUAUAUAACGCUCCACCAUACCAUACCAUCUCUACCACCUCUUCCUUAGUGGGAAUUUAGGCUCUUCUUCUUGGGCAUUCCAUUAAUAACUCGGUGUUCUUUUUCUGGGGUUUUCUCCAUUUGACCUCUAGUUAAGGUUUUGAAGCUGCUUGAGGUUUGUUAUUGUCUCUUUUCUUCUUGUAAUGGCGUUUUGUACAUUAUCAUUUCCUGCUCAUAUUAGCCGGGCAACCACACCAGUUUCGGAUCUUCACAAAACUAGCUCUUUCUCUUCUCGGUUUUAUUGGGGAGCAGAUCUGUUGCGGCCAUCUCAAUACAAGGUUAAUCAGCAGGUCAGGAAAAUACAAAGUGGGGUUUAUGCAUCACUGUCAGAAAGUGGAGAAUAUCACUCAAGGAGACCACCAACUCCUCUCUUGGACACAAUAAAUUUUCCAAUACAUAUGAAAAAUCUCUCUGUUAAGGAGCUUAAACAGUUAUCAGAUGAACUACGGUCUGAUGUCAUCUUCAACGUUUCUAACACCGGGGGUCACCUGGGCUCAAGCCUCGGUGUUGUCGAGCUUACUGUGGCUCUUCAUUAUGUCUUCAAUACUCCUCAAGAUAGGAUACUAUGGGAUGUUGGUCAUCAGUCCUACCCUCAUAAAAUCCUGACUGGAAGAAGAGAUAAGAUGCACACCAUGAGGCAAACCAAUGGGCUAGCCGGAUUCACUAAGCGGUCUGAGAGUGAAUACGAUUGUUUUGGGACUGGUCAUAGCUCUACCACCAUCUCAGCAGGCUUGGGAAUGGCCGUUGGAAGGGAUCUUAAGGGAAGAAAGAAUAAUGUAGUGGCUGUCAUAGGUGAUGGCGCCAUGACCGCAGGUCAAGCUUAUGAAGCCAUGAAUAAUGCUGGGUACCUUGAUUCCGAUAUGAUUAUCAUCCUUAACGACAAUAAACAGGUUUCUCUACCUACUGCUUCUCUUGAUGGGCCCAUACCACCUGUUGGAGCUUUGAGUAGUGCUCUCAGUAGGCUGCAAUCAAACAGGCCUCUCAGAGAAUUAAGAGAAGUAGCCAAGGGAGUUACUAAACAAAUUGGUGGAUCAGUGCAUGAAUUGGCUGCAAAAGUUGAUGAAUAUGCUCGUGGUAUGAUAAGUGGUUCUGGGUCAACACUAUUUGAAGAGCUUGGACUCUAUUACAUAGGUCCAGUUGAUGGUCACAAUAUAGAUGAUCUUAUUUCCAUACUAGGAGAGGUUAAGAGCACUAAAACAACAGGUCCAGUCUUGAUCCAUUGCAUCACUGAGAAAGGACGAGGAUAUCCAUAUGCAGAGAAAGCUGCUGAUAAGUACCAUGGGGUGGCCAAGUUUGAUCCAGCAACUGGAAAGCAAUUCAAAGGCACUUCUAGCACACAGUCAUACACAACAUACUUCGCAGAGGCUUUGGUUGCAGAAGCAGAAGCAGACAAAGAUGUUGUGGCAAUCCAUGCUGCAAUGGGUGGUGGAACAGGCUUGAAUCUCUUCCUUCGCCGUUUUCCAACAAGAUGUUUCGAUGUUGGGAUAGCAGAACAGCAUGCUGUUACUUUCGCUGCUGGUUUGGCCUGCGAGGGCCUUAAGCCUUUCUGUGCAAUAUACUCAUCUUUCAUGCAGCGGGCCUAUGAUCAGGCAAUACAUGAUGUUGAUUUGCAGAAGUUGCCAGUUAGAUUUGCAAUGGACAGAGCUGGACUUGUUGGGGCUGAUGGUCCCACACAUUGUGGCGCUUUUGAUGUAACUUUCAUGGCAUGCCUCCCUAACAUGGUGGUGAUGGCUCCUUCCGAUGAGGCUGAGCUCUUCCACAUGGUUGCCACUGCCGCUGCCAUAGAUGACAGACCUAGUUGUUUCCGUUACCCCAGGGGAAAUGGAACUGGUGUUGCACUUCCUCAAGGGAAUAAAGGCAUCCCCCUUGAGAUUGGAAAAGGCAGGGUAUUGGUUGAAGGGGAGCGAGUAGCACUUUUAGGCUAUGGAACAGCAGUUCAGAGUUGUUUGGCUGCAGCAGCCUUAGUCGAACCGCACGGUCUACGGCUAACAGUUGCUGAUGCUCGCUUUUGCAAGCCUUUGGAUCAUGCCCUCAUUCGCGAACUUGCCAAAAAUCACGAGUUUUUGAUUACAGUAGAAGAAGGAUCUAUAGGAGGUUUUGGAUCUCAUGUUGCUCAGUUUAUGGCCCUUGAUGGCCUUCUUGAUGGCAAAACAAAGUGGAGACCAAUUGUUCUACCUGAUCGAUACAUUGACCACGGUGCGCCUGCUGAUCAGUUAGCCGAAGCUGGUCUCACGCCUCCUCACAUUGCAGCCACUGUUUUUAAUGUACUAGGACAAACAAGAGAGGCCUUGAAGGUUAUGACGUGAGUGAGAAUCAAGAAACUUAUAUAGAAGAUAAUUUUUUUUUUACACAUUUCAUAAAGUAAAAAAGAACAAAAAUAUAUAUGUUGACGUGAUGAAUAAGUUUAUAGUUUGUGUAAAGGUAAUUAGCAUUUAAGGCAAUGUGAUCCUUCUCCUUCUAA